AUGGAUCUGACCAGCAGCUCGGGCGGCGGCGACCCUCGGCAGAUCGAGGAGACCAAGCCGCUGCUGGGGGGCGACGUGCCGGCCCCCGAGGGCACGAAGAUGGGCGCCGUGCCCUGCCGCCGGGCCCUGCUGCUGUGCAACGGGAUGAGGUACAAGCUCCUGCAGGAGGGCGACAUCCAGGUCUGUGUCAUCCGGCACCCGCGCACCUUUCUCAGCAAGAUCCUCACCUCCAAAUUCCUGAGGCGCUGGGAGCCGCACCACCUAACGCUGGCCGACAGCAGCCUGGCGUCCGCCACGCCAACUGGGUACAUGGAAAACUCCGUCUCCUACAGCGCCAUUGAAGACGUUCAGCUGCUGUCCUGGGAGAACGCCCCGAAGUACUGUUUACAGCUCACAAUUCCUGGGGGAACUGUCCUGCUGCAGGCCGCCAACAGCUACCUGCGAGACCAGUGGUUCCAUUCUCUGCAGUGGAAGAAAAAGAUUUACAAAUACAAGAAAGUCCUGAGUAACCCGAGCCGUUGGGAGGUCGUCCUGAAGGAGAUUCGGACGCUGGUGGACAUGGCUCUGACAUCCCCUCUGCAGGACGAUUCCAUCAACCAGGCCCCACUGGAAAUCGUCUCAAAACUGCUCUCAGAGAACACAAACUUGACCACCCAGGAGCACGAGAACAUCAUCGUGGCAAUCGCUCCUUUGCUGGAAAACAACCAUCCACCACCCGAUCUCUGUGAAUUCUUCUGCAAGCACUGCAGAGAGCGGCCCCGGUCCAUGGUGGUCAUCGAAGUGUUCACCCCCGUGGUCCAGAGAAUCCUGAAGCAUAACAUGGACUUUGGGAAGUGCCCGCGACUGAGGCUGUUUACUCAGGAGUACAUCCUUGCCUUGAACGAGCUCAACGCGGGGAUGGAGGUGGUGAAGAAGUUCAUUCAGAGCAUGCAUGGCCCCACGGGGCACUGCCCCCAUCCCCGGGUCCUGCCCAACCUGGUGGCCGUGUGCCUGGCCGCCAUCUACUCCUGCUACGAAGAGUUCAUCAACAGCCGCGACAACUCCCCCAGCCUGAAGGAGAUCCGGAACGGCUGCCAGCAGCCCUGCGACCGGAAGCCCACCUUACCUCUGCGCCUUCUGCACCCCAGCCCGGACCUGGUGUCUCAGGAAGCCACGCUGUCCGAGGCACGGCUCAAGUCAGUGGUCGUGGCCUCCAGCGAGAUCCACGUGGAGGUGGAGCCCGCCAGCACUGCCAAGCCGGCGCUGACGGCCAGCGCGGGCGACGACAACGAGCCCAACCUCAUCGACUGCCUCAUGGUCAGCCCCGCCUGCAGCACCAUGAGCAUCGAGCUGGGCCCGCAGGCCGACCGCACGCUCGGCUGCUACGUGGAGAUCCUCAAGCUGCUGUCGGACUAUGAUGACUGGAGACCAUCUCUGGCCAGCCUGCUUCAACCCAUUCCAUUCCCCAAAGAAGCUCUCGCGCACGAGAAGUUCACCAAGGAACUGAAGUACGUGAUUCAGAGGUUCGCCGAAGACCCUCGACAAGAGGUCCACUCGUGCCUGCUGAGCGUGCGAGCCGGCAAGGACGGCUGGUUUCAGCUCUACAGCCCCGGAGGGGUGGCCUGUGAUGACGAUGGGGAGCUGUUUGCCAGCAUGGUGCACAUCCUCAUGGGCUCCUGUUACAAGACCAAAAAAUUCCUGCUCUCCCUGGCGGAGAACAAGCUGGGUCCGUGCAUGCUCCUGGCGCUAAGGGGGAACCAGACCAUGGUGGAGAUCCUGUGCUUGAUGCUGGAGUACAACAUCAUCGACAACAAUGACACGCAGCUGCAGAUCAUCUCGACCCUGGAGAGCACGGGCGUGGGGAAGCGCAUGUAUGAGCAGCUGUGCGACCGGCAGCGGGAGCUGAAGGAGCUGCAAAGGAAAGGCGGGCCCACCAGGCUAACACUGCCCUCCAAGUCCACAGACGCUGACUUGGCUCGUUUGCUGAGCUCUGGCUCCUUCGGAAACCUGGAGAACCUCAGUUUGGCCUUCACCAACGUAACCAGUGCCUGCGCUGAGCACCUCAUCAAACUGCCUUCUCUCAAGCAGCUAAACCUGUGGUCCACUCAGUUCGGAGACGCCGGCCUGCGGCUCCUGUCGGAACACCUCACGAUGCUUCAGGUGCUGAACCUGUGCGAGACGCCCGUCACCGACGCCGGCCUGCUGGCCCUCAGCUCCAUGAAGAGUCUCUGCAGCUUAAACAUGAACAGCACCAAGCUCUCGGCGGACACCUACGAAGACCUGAAGGCCAAGCUGCCCAACCUGAAGGAGGUGGACGUCCGCUACACGGAAGCCUGGUGA